CCCGUGUCCACCGGUCGUGAUUGGCGGGGCGACGGGGGGCGGGGCGUCUCAGCAGGAGACCCAGCUGGGAAAUGUCCUGCCGCGCCCAGCUGGCCAUUGAGAAAGUAGCGCCUUCGCCGUCGGACGAGCGAACUGACGGCGCAGUUAGGCAAGGGACAUGGAAGAAAUGACAGUCGCCACCGCCAAGAGCGCAGCUAUGAGUCUCAGCAACGCCGUGAUCGUGAUUGGGGGAGGCAUCUCAGGCAUGUCAGCAGCUAAAUUGUUGUUUGAAUCUGGACUUAAUGUAGUCGUUUUAGAAGCUCGUGACAGAGUUGGGGGACGGACUUUCACCAUUAGAAACCACCAAGUGAAGUAUGUAGAUGUUGGUGGAGCCUAUGUGGGACCUACUCAGAAUCGGAUUCUGCGACUGGCUAAAGAACUUGGCAUAGAAACUUACAAAGUGAAUGUACGUGGGGAUACGCUCCUACAUACAAAGGGAAAAUCCUAUAUAAUGCAUGAUAUCUUUCCUUCCUCGUGGAACCCUUUUGUAUAUCUAGAUUACAACAAUUUCUGGAGAACAAUGGAUAAACUAGGAAAAGAGAUUCCUGCUGAAGCACCAUGGGAUGCACCACAUGCUAAAGAAUGGGACAGAAUUACAAUGAAACAGUUCAUUGACAAACAUUGCUGGACAAAAGCUGCCAGGGACUUUGCUACAGUGUUUGUCAACAUCAAUGUCACUUCGGAGCCACAAGAAGUUUCUGCUCUCUGGUUCCUGUGGUAUGUGAAGCUGUGUGGGGGAACCACCAGGAUCUUUUCUGUAACCAAUGGAGGGCAGGAGAGGAAGUUUAUUGGAGGUUCUGGACAAAUUACAGAAAAGAUAAUGGAACUACUCGGAGAUAAAGUUAAACUCGAGAGUCCUGUAGUCCACAUUGACCAAUCAGGUGAUAAUGUCAUUGUGGAGACAAUGAACCAUGAGAUAUAUAAGGGCAAGUAUGUCAUUAGUGCCAUUCCACCAAUAUUGACUGAAAAGAUUCAUUUCACACCGGAACUGCCAACAAUAAGAAACCAAUUAAUCCAGCGCCUACCCAUGGGUUCUGUUAUUAAAUGCAUGAUGUACUAUAAAGAAGCCUUCUGGAGGAAGUUGGGUUUCUGUGGUGGCACAAUUAUUCUGGAUGAUGAGGCUCCUAUUUCAGUAACAUUAGAUGAUACUAAGCCUGAUGGAUCCAUACCUGCUCUUAUGGGAUUUAUCCUUACAAGAAAAGUCUUUAGACUAGCAAAUGUUAGCAAAGAAGAGAGAAAGAGAAAAAUCUGUGAAUUGUAUGCUAAAGUGCUGGGAUCAGAAGAAGCUUUACAUCCAGUGCAUUAUGAAGAAAAGAACUGGAGUUCAGAACAAUAUUCUGGAGGCUGUUAUACAGCAUAUUUUCCACCAGGCAUUAUGUCCCAAUAUGGAAGGAUAAUACGUGAGCCAGCUGGUAGAAUCUACUUUGCUGGCACUGAGACAGCAACGCAGUGGAGUGGCUACAUGGAAGGAGCUGUGCAGGCUGGAGAGCGAGCUGCUAGAGAGAUAUUGUACAGCAUGGGAAAAAUUUCAAAGAAUGAAAUUUGGGUAACAGAACCAGAAUCAAAGGAGGUUCCAGCACUCCCAAUCACCACUACGUUUUGGGAGAGAAAUUUGCCAUCUCUUCCAGGACUGCUGCUCUUUCUUAGAUGGUCUACUUCCAUCACCUUGUUGGCUACAACUGGAUUCUUUGCCUAUAAAAAGGGACUUCUUUCCCGAUAAUGUAUCUGAGCCAGCAUUUUCCAUUUAUUGCCUUCAUGCUAUGAAUGUUGUUUCUGAAAAAGCAGUCUUUCACAUCCUCUUUGGAACACUUGAAUUAACACAUCCAAGCAAAUUUAAUUCAUCUCCCUUUACAACACAAAGGGAAUCAGGAAGGGUUCUAUUUUCCUUCCUGAGUGGCUUCCUUGCUUAAAAGUUGGUGACCUUUCAUCAUACGCUUCUGUGUAAUAUAUAAUGAGAACAAACCAGGCUUGUCAUAACCUUUGAAAAACAUCCACUUGUCUUCAUGUUUUCAAAAUCUUAUGGUGAACAAAAUCCAACCUCCCCCCUGCCCCCAUCUAUUCCCGCUUGGUAUGUUGAACUAUAGUUUCAUCAUCUGCACUCUGUAUGCUGGUGGAAGUUAAGGGAGAAAUAUAGCCAACACAUCCUUCAGGCAUCUUUCAGGGAGUGUGGGGUAGCUACUUUGUGGCUUGGUAAACUACAUGUAUAUUCUGUCAAGGGCCUGCUAUGUAAAAUAGUAAAUGCUGCAAAUAGAGGCUUCGCUUAUUUCAUGCUAGGGUUUCUGUGCAUUCCCUCAACACCUUGUAUAAAACAAUACAUAACCAUGUAAAAAAGGGAGUUGUGUGCUGUGGUGUUAAAUUCUGUAAUCCAAAUGAACUGACAAAUGUUCUCAUAAAUUUUUAGAACCUUAUUCUUAA